AUGAGUUCACAAGACCAAGAAAAAAAAAAUAAAGAACGGAUAGAAAUCGAAGAUGCGAACCAAGAAGUCAGAGAUUCGUCCGAGGUCCAGAAACCCGUGCAUCCGUGGAAACUCUUAAAAUCUCUAAACCGUACACAAUAUAUUACCUUUAUUGCUGCAUUUCUCGGGUGGACCCUGGAUGCAUUUGAUUUUUUCAUUGUGUCAUUUGCAUUACCUUACAUAGCCAAUGAAUUCAACAAGAAGCCCUCCGAAAUAGCCUCGAGCAUUACUGUUACUUUAAUGUUACGACCAGUUGGUGCUCUAAUAUUUGGUCAAUUGGCUGACCGAUAUGGAAGGAAAUAUCCAUUAAUGUUUGACAUCCUACUGUAUAGUGUUGUGGAAUUAGCCUCGGGAUUUUCUCCAAACUUUGAAGUUUUCAUUAUUUUAAGAGGAAUUUUUGGAAUAGCGAUGGGAGGCGAAUGGGGUCUAGGCGCUGCGUUGGCAAUGGAAGUUUUACCACCCGAGGCCCGAAUCUUACAACAAGGUUAUGCAACUGGAUAUUUAAUUGCUGCCGUAUUUUAUUACAUUGUCAUUGUAAAUCUCGGUUGGAGAGCUAUGUUUUGGAUAGGUUCUUUUCCCGCAUUUAUUAUCAUCCUAUUUCGUUUUUUCGUGCCGGAAUCGCCCAUGUGGGAAAGACAGCAUGCAAACGAAAAAGCUUCUGGUAAAAAUUGGUGGACUGAAGUAAAAUCAGUAUUUACUUGUCACUGGAUACGGAUAAUUCACACUGUUUGUCUGAUGGCGUGUUUCAACUUUAUAAGCCACGGUACACAGGAUUUGUAUCCAACGUUUCUCAAAACUCAACUACACUUGAGUGCCGGUGAAAUUACGCUCACUCUCGUUAUUGCUAAUAUUGGGGCAAUUAUUGGAGGUACAUUAUUUGGAUUUUACUCCCAAUAUUGGGGACGCAGACGCGCCAUUGUUAUCGCGGCCUUCUUAGCCGGAUGUUUCCUUCCGUUAUUUGUGCUUCCUCGAAAUCGUUGGGUACUUUCUUUCGGUGCAUUCAUGGUCUACUUCUUUGUUCAGGGAGCAUGGGGUGUCGUACCAGCUCACUUGAAUGAAUUAUCACCACCAGAUUUUCGAGGGACGUUCCCUGGCCUAACUUAUCAACUGGGAAACCUUAUUGCCGCUUCUUCUUCUCAGAUAGAGGCAUCAUUAGGCGAAAAAUUCCCCCAAAAUGGAGAACCAGAUUAUGGAUUAACUCAAGCAAUUUUUGUAGCUUGCGCUUUGGUUUUACUAAUUUUCUUCGUCUCCAUCGGUAAAGAGGCUAAAGGCAUUGAUCUUUCGGCAGAAACGUUUCAUGAAAGAGAAACAGAUGUCGACCCCACGGGAGAAACGCAAGUUGGUCUCUCAAAAGAAGUGCAGAUUGAAAAAGCUAAAGCUGACCCCUUAGGAGUAACACAAGUGGAUCUCUCAGAAGUUCAAGCUGAGAAAGCUAAAGAAGUUGAUCCCAAGGAGGAAGCGUUGGCCAUAGAAAAAACACAUGUUGAUAGCUGA